GGGUUGAAAUCACGUGGGAACUACGUUGGUUCAACCCGUUUUUGACCCGUGGGUAGUUGAAUCAGGAGUUGUUCAAGCCAAGUUAUGUCGCUGCCUUUAUCUGUUGUUACGCCAUUGCCAAAAAAAUGACUUCAUCCCUCAUUUUAUAGCCUACUGUGGCUAGCCAGGAGAUUUCCGUGAACAAAGCAGCCAAUCGUGUCGAUGUACAUACACUGUCUUCAGAGCACACGCGGCAACUCGAUGCUUCCUGUUCAAUUUGUCAGUGUAGUGAAAGACAAAUACGUUAAUCCAUGGCAGAGCAACAAGCACUAUUAUAGAGUCGACUGGUUUCUGUUCCUACUAUCAGAUGGCGGUGGAAACUGUUCAUCAAGAGGAUGUGCUAAAUGUGAUAUUGUGCCGAACCAGCGCAGGCGGGUGUCUUCAGGGUACUUACAAGAGAACAGAGCUACAGGUGUCUAUCAAGGUCCUCUCGUCUCGCACUGCAGGUGGAAGAUCAUUCACCGCUUUGUGGAAGUUACCUGUGGUGCUGAUGUUUAGGCCGAGUAAGUGGACUGAGUGGAUGAGAGAUGUGGCUGUGGUCAGACAAGUCCAUUCAGAGCGGGUUUUGGUUCCUCUGGGUGUGUACGAGGCCUGGUGUCUGAUGGGCCUGCUCUAUGACUGGAUGCCUGAGGGCUCUCUACACUCUCUACUAUACCAGACCCAGCUGUAUCCAGGUCUACCCAUGAGUUUCAGGCUAGGCAUCCUAUUAGAUGUGGCAGAGGGGUUGUGCCACCUCCACUGCAUACCAGUCCCCCACCAGGCCCUGAAACCCACCAAUGUUCUCCUGGACCAGCAGUACCGGGCCAAGGUGAGUGACUGGGGCCUGCCCAGGGAGUGGAGGGUUGGCUACUCUCUCUCUGCUGGAGGGGGGCCCUGCUUCAGGGACUUGGUGUACCUGUCUCCUGAGGCCCUGACUGGCACCACACCCACUGUGGAGGCAGACAUGUACAGCUUUGGUGUGCUGCUGUGGGAGACUUUGAACAGAAGACAACCAUGUGAAGAUUUGCUCCAGCUGCUUUCAGGUGAUGAUGGGAUUGGUUCAGGCCUGAAGGAUGUGCUGCUACCCAAGCAUGUACCCCACUGCCAUACCCUCUCUCAGCUGAUGACCAACUGCUGGAGCACUAACCCACACAGCCGUCCAACAGCAGAGGACUGUGCACUGGAACUGAGGAGCGUCAUAGCAACCUUUGAUCCCGAUGCCAUGACAAGGGCUACCCUCAGGGUGAGGGAAAGCAAGGAGAGGGCGCUACAUGACUCUAAAAUACAUCCUGUGGAGGACAUUCCCAUUGAGAUAAACAACCUAGAAGCCUGCGCUGGUUCCGGAGACACUAAAUGUGUGGGCAACAAGACACUGCCCUUUCCACAGACUUCCUGUCCUAGUGAAACGCUCCCUAAUCCCACUACAGCCAUAUAUACAGGGGAAGCACCCCAGAGGAAGCACUGUCAGGACUGUGUGUCUGGCUCUGUGGUGUCUUCCACCAGUCCCAGAUGUCCCAGCAGUGGACCGGGUCCUGAGCAUUUCAGAGGGACAGGAGGCGUCUCCCAGGGACAGAGACUCAGCCCACCACCCCCACUCUCCUCCAGUCCCUCCAAAGCCCUCAGACAGAGCCCUCUCAACCAGCCCACUGCCAGCUCCCAUGCUGCACGGUGUGUGUCUGCGACUCCAGUGGCGGUGAGCUAUUGUCGUAUGCUGCGCGAGAGACGUGAAGGCAUCAUUCGAGGCAUGACGGAGGGACGACUCAACAACCUGCUGGAUGUGCUCAUCUCACGGCGAGCCCUUCCCCCGGAGGCCUUUGAGGUCAUCUCUGCCUCUCUGACACUGACCUCUCGCACACGCUCCCUACUGGACACCUGUGCCUGUCAGGGGGAACAUGCAGCUUCCCUGGUAGCUACCACCCUCGGUCUGAUGUCCAUUGCCACCAAUUGUGGCCCUCCACAGAUGCCUCACUGAAGGUGGAUGGAUGGUUAUUAGAAUGGGGGGUUGUGUAGUGAAGGGCCCCUAACCAAAUGUAUCUGUUCACGGUUUAUCAUGUCAUACUGUAUCUCAGAGUGUGUCAAUUGAGACUGGAGCCUUGGAAUGAAGAGCUGAGGAACCCUAACCAAAUCUAUUCUAUACUCACUCAGGUCUAAUACAGACCACGGUCAGUCAGAGUGAAUAUCAAUUGGAGAACCUGAGAUUCGUAAUUUCAUCAGAACAGCUGCAAUGACUCAUCUAUAUCCAUAGAGAUCCAUGUUGGGGACACACCUGUCCAUGCCUUUGAUAAGUCUGAGUAUUCAAUCAGAGUGGUGCUACCUCUGAAGUUGAUGUCAAUCAAACGUUUGAUUAGAGGAAGCUUCUGUGACAGUCAAAUGAUAGAAACAAUCAUGUUGGAGAGAAACCAAUGAAAGUGAAUAGCUGUGUGGAUGAUUAAUCUGCUUUGAUCAUGUUUAUGACCCAUCACUAGUGAUAAUGAGUGUUAACUAUGUGUUGAGGGACUACUGAGCUAGCACACAAAACACAGUUUGUUCUAUAUUAUAUGCUACAUUUUCUGUGUUGUGUUGUGACUUUUGACCCUCUCUCUGCUUUGUGGGUAAUUGUGUGGUGCCACAAUGUUGCUCGUCUUUUGACCGCCUGUUUGUAAAGUACAUAUUGUACGAAACUAUAUGUUCAAAAUAGUUUGGAUUGUCCUGUUCAGCACUUUCUGACUUGAUAUCUUGAAACAAUUUGUUGGUUUAUCAGAUAAAAUAACGGAAUUUGAGUCUCAUUUUAUGCCACUUUUGUUGGUUAUUUGUGUUUGUAAACCUGUUAAAUCCUUGAACCUAUAGGUCAUUAUCACAUUCCCCUCAGGGUACCCUUUGAUUUUGUUGCCCAUCUCGCGCAACACGCCAUUUAACAGUACAUGUCUAAUUGCAUGUCUGGUGUUCACACUGCACCACCGGCUUCACACAGUACCAAUUGUCACACAAGUAGAGUCUAAAGACGUUUAUGUACUAAAAGGGUAAAAAAGGGGUCUUGUCAAAUGAGAGGCCCAGUGAAGUAUUGGCCAUAGUGUACAGAUUUAUUUGUUGUUGGUCUGUUUAACAUCAUGCUGAGAACAGAAGACAGUACUUUCCCCAAGCACUGUCUGUGUGAAUAGCCUAAUGAUUGGAAUAUUUGGAGUUGUAUAAUAAAGUAAAUUAAUAUAUAACGACAUGAUUAGAUCAAGACUCCUCCUUGACACUCAGGCAGCUCUUUUCUUGUUGGUUUUUUAGUUCAUGCAAUCAGAAACAAAGGCAGAUGUUUAAUAAAGGCUGUAAUUUUCA